UGCGCGCCAAAUAUUUCCCCCAUAAUGCCCUUAUCUUGCCUGAUACUGUCCGAAAUCCUGAAUGGCGGCCUAUAACGUCGUAAUCUUUUCAGUCGCUUGCAACCAGGAGAUCCACGGGUUUUGGGUCACCCAAUAUGCGAAUGGUCCAGCUUACCACGGUUCCCACGGAAGGUGUCUAUCCAUGGUCCAACUAUGAGCCUGUCAAAGAAAAUGGCGUCGGCAACGAGGAGCCAUUUAGGAUGACGUUGCCCCGCGUUACCAUCAUCUCUUGCGUGGUAUGUGACAACGACCCGCGAGGUCAAGAUACAGACGAACUUAGGCCAUCCGGCGUGUGGUAUAGACAUGGACGGGCGGAAUCCAACGUGCUUACAGACUCCACUUGGACACGGGGGUUAUUCCGACCGCCCUCGUCUAGAAGCAUUGGCGAAAACCCCGGACAGUUUGAACGGUCUGUGUUCAGGGAGUAAAAGACCCCAUCCUGAUUCCCGCCCCUGAGUGGGGGAAACCAAACCACCUCCGAGA